AAAAGUCAAUGUUUGUGAGGUUAGAAAACCCAUAAAUCUCAUGUCAAAAAUAUUUGUUUUUGUUUAUCAAAAAAAAAAAACAAAAAUUAGUGCCAAAAGUUAUCGCAAAAUUGAUUAAUAAUUUAAGAUUUUCGCAGUUGCGAAUUGAUAUUCAAGUUUAAUGGAAGUGGCCCUGGACGGUGUAGUGGAAGUGGGCCUUGCUUUUAUUUCCAAUAAUAUCGCCCUCAUCAAACGCAGUAAUAUGCAGUCGAAAAUCAUGAAUCCCUUUUGUACUGCAAAAUGUUCAUCAGAAAUGGUGAAUAGUAAGCUGCAAUGCAGUUGCGGUGAAGAUACAGCUUUAUUUGAUUGGGCCUGGCAAAAAAACACAGAAGCCAAAAACAUUAAUGUAUACAAAGGCAACAAAGAAGUAUUAUUUCAUCCUACCUACAGUUCAGGAACUGCUUUGGUUCGUGGCCAGCACUCUUUCCAACAAAAUUUCCAUUACUAUUGGGAAAUUAAAGUAGUUUCUCGCUUGUACGGUACUGAUGUUAUGAUUGGAGUUGGAACCUCAAAAAUGACCUCAGAAGAUUGCCGUUUCCAAUUUUGUAGCCUACUAGGCAAAAGUGCCGAAUCCUGGGGCUACUCCUACCAAGGCUACAUACAGCAUAACAACCUCAAAAGAAAAUACGGCUCUGAAUACGGCUUGGGCAGUAUUAUUGGUGUACACUUAGAUAUGUGUCAAGGCACUUUGGAAUACUAUUUCAAUAGAAAACCAUUAGGCAUUGCCUUCAAAAACCUAAAAGACAAAGUCCUUUAUCCAAUGGUAUCGUCAACUGCUGCUCAAUCCUCCAUAAGAAUCACCUGUGCAAUUUCAAAAGCAGCCACUUUGCAAAUGAGUUGUUUGAAUCAAAUAAUGAACAUCCCAAGCGUUUAUAAUCAAUACAAACUCAUACCGGGUCUGACUAAGCUCUACGAAAAAGAGUUUUUCUGGUUGAAGCCAAAACCUUGCAAAGAAGCUCUGGAACGGAAAAGACUUGCUGAAAUCGAGGAUGAAGUGACGCUAUCGGGGGCGUCCAAAUGUUUUUCUGCAAGGCACAAAAAAAUUAAAAGGAUUUACAGGCAACUGCCGGCACUUUUAGAUGGACACAGUUUUGCUAUUUAUCGGGACAUGGUGCCUUCUACUUCUGCUACGCCUGAUAUUACUUGCACUGCAUGCAAUGAGGUUAUAGGGGACAGUAGUGAUAGUGAUACUUGAAUAUAUUUUGUUUUGUGAUUUAUUUAUUUUUAAUUAAUAAAACAAUAUAAUUAUUAUUAUUUACUAACAGUUGUUGGAAGAGAGAGAUGGUUAUAAUGCUUUGUUUUUUUUAAUAAUGAUUGUCACAAUAACAAAAUUAUCUUAUAAAUAUAUACCUUAUUGUUAAGGGAAUAAUAAUAAUUUAAUAAAUUUGCAGUUAAUUUUAUAAUAUAUUUUUUUUUAAGACUGGGCAAGGGCACGAAUAUUUUACAAAUAUAUCGAUUUAUAUUAAAAUAUAUUGUAAAAAUACAUUAUUUUAUGAUGGAACUAAUCCAAAACGACUUAUUGGAAUAGUGGAGCAAAUUUUAAUCCUUGAAAUCAGGAGCAGAUUUACUCCAUUUGGGGUUGAAAUACUCUCUGUGCUCUAUAAAAUAACUGUUCUAGGACUUCUAGUACAGAGUUGUGUUCUCAAAUCGGUGCUAAAAGUACUAAAACAGCCAGUUUUGAGGACCUGUAGUGUGUCCAAAGGACUUGAAAUUAGGAGUAAGCUUUAUGAGCACUUUGAUAUUAUACUUGUGCCUUUUGAAUACACUGCAGUUUACUUUGGAAGUUCUUUAAGUCAAGAAAUUGCAAGAAUGCACCAUCUAAUAUUUUUUUUUUUUUGUAGAAAAUUAUUCAAACGAAAAUUAUGAAAUUUUCUGAGCAAAACGAGAAAAGUCAAGGGCGUAUCAUACUAAAAUUUCAAAUUUUUCCAGUGAAAAUUAACCCCAUUGGAAAUUAAUGAAAAUCAACUAAAUUAGGCAUAAAUGCACCAUCUAACAUUUUAUUUUUUUUCUGGAAAACUAUUCAGGAGAAAAUUAUGACAUUUUCUGGAAAAAAAGAGGAAAGUCAGAGGCGUAUCAUAGUAAUAUUUCAAAUUUUUCAAAUAGAAACUAAUCCUAUUGGAAAUUAAUGAAUAUCAUCUAAAUUAGGCAUGCACCCCUCUAAUAUUUAAUUUUUUUCCUGGAAAACUAUUCAAGGGAAAAUUAUGACAUUUUCUGGAAAAAAAGAAAAAAGUCAGGGGCGUAUCAUAGUGAAAUUUCCAAUUUUUCUAGUGAAAUAGCCCCAUUGGAAAUUAAUGAAAAUCAACUAAAUUAGGCAUAAAUGCAUUUAUCUAACAUUUUAUUUUUUUCCUGGAAAACUGUCAAAAAGAAAAUUAUGACAUUUUCUGGAAAAAAAGAGGAAAGUCAGGGGCGUAUCAUAGUGAAAUUUCAAUUUUUCCAGUAGAAAAUAACCCCAUUGGAAAUAAAUGAAAAUCAACUAAAUUAGACAUAAAUGCACUAUCUUUUAUUUAUUUUUUUUUCUGGAAAACUAUCCAGGGGAAAAUGAUGACAUUUUCUGGAAAAAAGAAAAAAAUCAGGAGCGUAUCAUAGUAAAAUUUCAAAUUUUUCCAGUGAAAAAUAACCCCAUUGGAAAUUAAUGAAAAUCAACUAAACUAGGCCUAAAUGCACCAUCUAACAUUUUAUUUUUUUUCUGGAAAACUAUUCAGGAGAAAAUUAUGACAUAUUCUGGAAAAAAAGAGGAAAGUCAGAGGCGUAUCAUAGUAAUAUUUCAAAUUUUUCAAAUGGAAAAUAACCCUAUUGGAAAUUAAUGAAUAUCAACUAAAUUAGGCAUAAAUGCACCAUCUAACAUUUUAUUUUUUUUCUAGAAAACUAUUUAAGCGAAAAUUAUGACAUUUUCUGGAAAAAAAGAGGAAAGUCAGGAGCGUAUCAUAGUAAAAUUUCAAAUUUUUUCAUUUCAAAAUAACCCCAUUGGAAAUUAAAGAAAAUCAACUAAAUUAGACAUAAAUGCAUUAUCCAACAUUUUAUUUUUUUUCUGGAAAAAUAUCUAGGGGAAAAUCAUGACAUUUUCUGGAAAAACGACGAAAGUCAGGGGCGUAUCAUAGUAAAAUUUCAAAUUUUUCUAAUAGAAAAUAACCCCAUUGGAAAUUAUUGAAAAUCAACUAAAUUAGACAUAAAUGCACUAUCUAACAUUUUUCUUUUUUUCUGGAAAAUUAUUCAGGGGGGAAAAUUAUGACAUUUUCUGGAAAAAAAGAGGAAAGUCAGGGACGUAUCAUAGUAAAAUUUCAAAUUUUUCCAGUGAAAAAUAACCUCAUUGGAAAUUAAUGAAAAUCAACUAAAUUAGGCAUAAAUAAACCAUCUAACAUUUUUUUUUUUUUCCGGAAAACUAUUCAGGAGAAAAUUAUGACAUUUUCUGGAAAAAAAGAAGAAAAUCAGGGGCGUAUCAUAGUAAAAUUUCAGAUUUUUCCAAUAGAAAAUAACCCCAUUGGAAAUUAAUAAAAAUCAACAAAAGCAGGCAUAAAUGCAAUAAACUAUUCAAAGGAAAAUUAUGACAUUUCCUGGAAAAAAAGAGGAAAGUCAGGAGCGUAUCAUAGUAAAAUUUCAAAUUUUUCAAAUGGUAAACAACCCUAUUAGAAAUUAAUGAAUAUCAACUAAAUUAGGCUUAAAUGCACCAUCUAACAUUUUAUUUUUUUUCUGGAAAACUAUUCAGGAGAAAAUUAUGACUUUUUCUAGAAAAAAAGAGGAAAGUCAGGGGCGUAUCAUAGUUCAAAUUUUUCCAGUAGAAAAUAAUCCCAGUGAAAAACUAAAUAAUUUGAUAAUGCAUAUAAUUAUAGUAUUUUAGGCGUACUAUAAUGAUUUUUGAUAGUACAUAGUACAUGACCAUUCAAUUAUAGUACAAAUACUAUAAUUAUAGUACGGUUGGCAACACUGAGUUAAUGUUUCGUCUACUGAUGUGGCAGUGUAGUAGAGGACGCAACCAGCAAUUUUGACUCAAAUUUCUGUUUUCUUUAGACAAAGACAAUUCAAUUAUGUACCUGAAAUGAAGAAAAUAUUCAUAUUUUUACUUAUCAACAAUUUCUGUCAAAUUUUUCUUUUAAUUCACUUAUCAAAAUAUAUUUUCUUUCUCAUUUUCUCCGUUUCAAUUUUUGUCUAUUCCCGGCUCUUGAAUUUCUCAUUUUUUCCAAAAGUUUUUCAAAUAAAGAAAAUUCACCAGCCUGGAAUAGAGAAAAUAUUAUUAUCAAUCAAGUUUUCUCCUAUAAUUUUUUAAUUUUUCUUAAACUUCCCCUCGCACAAUAUCUCAAACUUUCCAUCUAGAAUCUCGUCUAAAAUUCUGUUAGGUACCUAUCUUCACAUGAAAAGAGAAUUUAAGAGCCUGGUUAUAGAGAAAAUACGUGAUUUCCUAUACUUUUCAACCAAUUUUCAUUUUUCAGUUUUUCUUAAACUUUCCAUUUCUUAAAUUAUCUUCUAGUCCCAAAAAUGUAUUGAAUGUUCAUAUUCUAUGUUAUUGUUCUCAAAUUUGGAGUUAUGGGGAUAAAACCCCACUAAGAAUAGAAAAAGUAAAUUUUAUAAUUUUUCAAUUUUUCCAAACAUUUCAACCUCAAAUCUCGGCUCUAAAUGAUCAAAUUAAAGUCGAAAUUUCAACAUUUUUGAAGAUAUCUACCUAUAUUUUGAAAUACAAAAUUGUUUUGGAUUAGUCCGUAAUCUACAGUAUAACUUUAUACAUAUAAAAUCAACUUUUAAAACAAAAUCUUUGGCAUGUGGUAAACAGUCUUGUAAGGAAAUAAUUUUUUGGUCAAUACAAGUGAGUUUAAGUAAUUGCCUUUUCAUAUGGUGGCGGUGGCGAUUGGUCGUCGUAAAUCCGGAUUUCCUCCAAAUCGUUUUGAUUCGCUAAUCUUAUGGCGAUAUGAUAAGGCGGAGGCGACAUUUCUUGGACGUCCGCUAUGGAUAAUCGGGUGGGUCUUUGGUAAUCUACUGAUGGUCUUUCUUGUAAGUCGU